GUAUGCUCCGCGCUGUUUCCGGUUCGCGGCGGCGCUGUUUCCGGUGCUGUGCCGUGAGAGCUGCAGUGAGCUCGGUCCAUCCCGACGACAUGUUGUCCCGUUCCCGCUGUCUCACCCGGAGCCUCGAGCGCUCGAUCUCCGCCCUGCGACAGGGUAACAGUGUUCUCGCAAGACGGGCGACAUCAGGUAUAACAGCGAGUCAGUGUGUCACCGUCAAGAACAGCCCGAGCUGUGAGACCCGGUCAAGCGUCUAUCAGAUCAGAUACUUCAACACCACGACCGCUCACAGGAAUGAACUUAUUACAGUGAAAACACCAGCGUUUGCGGAGUCUGUCACGGAGGGAGACGUCAGGUGGGAGAAAGCUGUUGGAGACACAGUCUCUGAAGAUGAGGUCGUCUGUGAAAUUGAGACCGAUAAGACGUCGGUGCAGGUUCCCUCUCCAGCUGCAGGAGUCAUCGAGGAGCUGCUGGUUCCUGACGGAGGCAAAGUGGAAGGAGGAACUCCUCUGUUCAAACUCAAGAAAGGAGCUGGAGCUGCUAAGACGGCAGCAGCACCUCCUCCUGCAGCAGAGACUGUGCCUCCUCCUGCUGCUCCUCCUCCUCCUGCUGCUCCUGCUGCUGCUGCUGGAGGGCCCAUCCCCACCAGCAUGCCCCCUGUACCCCCUGUGCCGGCCCAGCCCAUCCAGUCCAAACCAGUUUCAGCCAUCAAACCCACUGCAGCUCCUGCUGCUGCUGCUGACACUGACGCCGGAGCCAAAGCCGCCCGAUCAGAGCACAGGGUGAAGAUGAACCGCAUGAGACAGCGAAUCGCUCAGCGGCUGAAGGAAGCGCAGAACACCUGUGCCAUGCUGACAACCUUCAAUGAAGUCGAUAUGAGCAACAUCACCGAGAUGAGGAAACAAUAUAAAGAUGCUUUCCUGAAGAAACAUGGCAUCAAACUGGGCUUCAUGUCUGUGUUUGUGAAAGCGGCGGCCUACGCUUUGACAGACCAGCCUGCUGUUAACGCUGUCAUUGAUGACACAACCAAAGAGAUCGUGUAUCGGGAUUAUGUGGAUAUCAGUGUGGCAGUCGCGACACCGAAGGGGCUCGUGGUUCCCGUGAUCAGAGGCGUGGAGGGAAUGAACUUCACAGACAUCGAGAAAGCGAUUAACGAGCUGGGAGAGAAGGCUCGUAAGAACGAGCUGGCUGUGGAGGACAUGGACGGCGGCACCUUCACCAUCAGCAACGGAGGAGUGUUCGGCUCCAUGUUCGGGACUCCCAUCAUCAACCCGCCGCAGUCGGCUAUCCUGGGCAUGCAUGGCAUCUUUGACCGGCCCGUGGCCAUCGCUGGGAAGGUGGAGAUCCGGCCGAUGAUGUACGUGGCUCUGACAUACGACCACCGCUUGAUUGACGGCAGAGAGGCCGUGACCUUCCUCCGAAAGAUCAAAUCUGUGGUGGAGGACCCUCGGGUGCUGCUGCUGGACAUGUGAACGCUCUCGGACCCUCAGCCGACUCCUGCCACUCACCAAACAUCUCAUCUCACGCACAAACCCCAUCUGUACACUAGGGACGGACGCGUCAGCGGUAGAGGGAUUGAAGGAGUGGGAUUUGCAUUGAUUGGUUUCAUGUUAAGUUGUUUUACCAUGUGUAUGUCCUCUGGGUUUUCACUGUAUUAUGAAGGAAGGUGGUCCUGUCAUUGUAUGUACAAGUCAGCGCACAAAACAUGCCCUGAGCAAUUAUUUGUUUCUAAAUGGAGAAGAAAGGAUAGUAAUAUACAGUAUAUCAUAUUUAAUCUCUUCAGCGUGAAAUGAUGGGAGCAGCUGAGCAGAAACACUAUGUUCCAGUGAGUUUUUGUACACGAGACCUCGAGGCGUCCCAGACGAUCAGAUCCUGUCUGCCUGUGUAAAGAACCAAAACUAUAUGAGAUUUUAAACAAUAAAAUCAAUGAAAUGCUGACGCUCUCUCACGUC